AUGGGUAACCAGUUUAAGAACGUGGCGGUGAUCGCCUGCCUAAAAACCUUCCUUUUCAUUUUCAACAUCGUGUUUUGGUUAACUGGCUUGUUGUUGCUAAUCGUUGGACUAUGGGCUGAAUUUGACCUGCACAAAUAUAUGGAACUAUCGCCGGAAUUUUCUGGGACAGCGCCCCAUGUAAUGAUCGGUAUCGCCUGCCUAAUUGUCGUUGUCACCUCUAUCGCAUUCUCCUGCAUCAUCAAAGGCCAGCCUGUUCUUCUAUAUAUCUAUGGUGGAUUUUUGGCUUGUAUCUUCAUGAUGGACGCGGGUGUGGCGGUUGCAGUGUCAUGCUAUCGGGACACUUUUGGGAAGAGCCUACGUGAUGGACUUACGCAGACUAUUAUGAGCGCUAACCAGACAAAGACAAAUUUUGAUUUUACACAGGAAACUUUCCACUGCUGUGGAGUAUCUAAUUACACGGACUGGAUACUACUGUCACCGCAGAAGGUGAUUCCUCGGUCAUGCUGCCUCGACCUACAGAACUGCGUCACAGCAAAUUAUAGCAAAGUCUACCAACGUGGUUGCUACGAGGUGAUCACUGAGUACUUGGAGAAUAACAUGGACAUACUGGUGGGAAUCGCGAUCGGCACAGCCUUCCUACCGCUUAUCGGCACGUUACUGUCUUGUUUUUUAGCCAGUUACAUAAAAAAAUCCAAGUACGACACCGUAAACUAA